UACCAUUAAUUAUAAUUUUAAUACUAAAUGUAUCUAUAACACAAAUCAUUUGAAAAUUCAUCACCCUUUUCCAAAUUCCUUGUUUUCGUCCUGAAACCAAAACCUGGGAAGCAUCAACCAAUCCUUCCUCUGAAAAUUCGAAUGAAACAUACCACAAUCCCCCUGAGUUUCCGUACCCCUACCGAAUCUGCCCCUUCGGUCUUCUUCUCGAAACUAGUAGGCGCAGCAGCAACCCUGUGUGAGAUUUCAAAGUGCAAUUCCUCUUGCAAUAUUGUGGAUUUUUAGUAUGCCGAGCUUGUUUUGAAGACGGAUAUUGAAGUUAUCACUCAUGCGUAUUGUAAGAGGGUUAUUGAUGCAAAGGUGAAGAAAGGUAUUGAUGUGCCGACAAGUGAUGAUGUCGCUUUGACACAAUCUGAAGAAAUUUCAAUAACACUGAAUGGCUUGCAUCGGUUGAUGCAUUAUGUGCAAUGAUGACGAAGAAUCAUGUGGAGGAAGAUCAUGGAAGUGAGGUGCAUGAAGAGGUGAUUCCGCGGGAGGAAAUUACAAGUAUGGUUGUCGAAUCAGCGAGAGACGUUACACCACCUUCUUUGGAUAAAGGAAAGGGUGUUGUCGAUGUGGGGGUAAAUCAAGGUGAUGCGGUGUAGGAGGAUGCGACGAGGGAGAAGGAUAUAACAUCGAUGCCUUCCAAAGGGAAGAGUCCUGAGGUUGAUACUCCCGUGCCUUCAGCUUUAAAGGAAAUAUGUAGUUUGGAUUCAGGCGGCACAGUGGAGAAGUUUGUUCCCGCCAUUGAAUUUUGUAAGACAAACCUACAAUACAUUAAGAACUUGAAGGAGGUUGAGCUGAUGGUUCUUGAUUACGCAAUGUGUAAAGAAACUAUUAAUCCAGGGGAUGUACUGACGAUGCACAAUCAGGGUGAGAUUGGCACGAAUGUCAUCGAUUGUUGGGCUUUGUAUCUAAAUGAUGUUGAGCAUAUACAGUAGACAGCGAAAUCGGAUAAGAGGCUACAAAUCUACCUUUUGGAUGCAGUCAAUGUGUAAGUUUUUUUGUUACCCAUUAUUUAGAAUGUAGAUAUAGGCAUAUAUAAAAUGAAAAUUUUACAUUUUGGGAUUAAGAUUGUGCUAAUUGGGAUUAUAUCAUGUUAAGUUGGUAUUAAGAUUAGUAAAAAAAAUAGCUUAAAAGAC